AUGCGAUACUCUUUUGGACUGCUGGCUGCGGCCGGGUUGGCGCUUGCCAGCGACGUUCACGACCUCACUAAGGACACUUUCGACGGCUUCGUUGCGGAGAAUGGCCUUGUCCUCUGCGAAUGUGAGUUUUCAUGUCGAUUCGAUCGGCUGUGAGCCCCACUAACGGUCUACUUGCACAGUCUUCGCGCCAUGGUGCGGCCACUGCAAAGCGCUUGCUCCCGAGUACGAGGAGGCGGCGACAGCAUUGAAGGAGAAGGAAAUCGCCCUCGCAAAGGUCGACUGCACAGCCGAGCAAGAUCUCUGCCAGAGCUUUGGCGUCGAGGGAUAUCCCACACUCAAGAUCUUCCGAGGCAAAGAGAACGUCUCGCCAUACUCGGGCCCGCGCAAGUCCGAUGCCAUCGUCUCUUACAUGGUCAAGCAAUCUCUACCUGCCGUCUCCGACAUCGCCAGCGAGGAGGCCCACGACGAGUUCAAGACCGCAGACAAGGUUGUUCUGGUUGGAUACUUUGCCGCGGACGACAAGACGUCCAACGCAACGUUCGCAGAGGUCGCUGGGGAGCUCAGGGACUCUUAUCUCUUUGGAGCUACCAACGAUGAGGCGCUCGCCAAGGCUGCGGGCGUCAAGCAACCCGCGAUUGUUCUCUACAAGGCUUUCGAUGAGGGCAAGAACGAGUUCACCAAGAAGUUCACCAAGGACGAUAUCACUGAGUUCGCAAAGACCGCUGCUACGCCAUUGAUUGGCGAGGUUGGUCCUGACACCUACUCUGACUACAUGGCGGUACGUGAAUGAUCGAUCGUUAGCACAUGACAUUCGAGUACUGACUGAUGACUCUAGGCUGGCAUUCCUCUCGCCUACAUCUUCGCCGAGACCCCCGAAGAGCGCACUUCGCUCGCUGAGGCCCUCAAGCCCGUCGCCGAGGAGCACAAGGGCAAGGUCAACUUCGCUACCAUCGACGCUUCCUCCUUUGGCCAACACGCCAGCAACCUCAACCUGGAGGUUGGUAAGUGGCCCGCCUUUGCCAUCCAGGACAUCUCCAAGAACCAGAAGUUCCCUUACUCUUCCGCCGGUGACGCCAAGGACCUCAGCCAGAAGAAGAUCGGCAAGUUUCUCAAGGACUUCGUGGCUGGCAAGAUUGAGCCAUCGAUCAAGAGCGAGCCAAUUCCAGAGAAGCAGGAGGGUCCAGUCACCAUUGUCGUGGCCAAGAACUACCAGGAUGUUGUGAUGGAUGACGAUAAAGAUGUUCUCCUCGAGUUCUACGCUCCUUGGUGUGGACACUGCAAGUCUCUCGCUCCCAAGUAUGACGAGCUGGCUACCAUGUACAAGGGCCACGCCGACAAGAUUGUCAUCGCCAAGGUCGAUGCCACCGCCAACGACAUCCCAGACGAGAUCGCCGGUUUCCCUACCAUCAAGCUCUUCAAGGCUGGCGAGAAGGACACUCCGGUGGACUACUCCGGCUCUCGGACUGUUGAGGACCUUGCCAACUUCAUCCGCGAUAACGGCUCCCACAAGAUUGACGCUGUGGCCGAGGGUGCAGAGAGCACUGAGGCCGUUGAGACCGAUGGCAUGCCCGAGCAGGCCAAGGCCGCCACUGAGGGCGCACAGAAGGUCAUCAAGGACAAGGUCAAGGGUGCCGCGGCUGACGCUACGGAUGCUGCCAAGGAAGCGGUCAAGCAGGCUGUUGGUGGUGACGAGGAGGUUGCGGACCACGACGAGCUCUAA